AUGCGUAUUAAAAGAGAGAAGGGAAGUGUUAAAGCGUGGUUGGUUUCAAUGAGUAAGGCACAAAAGUAUAUGCAGAGGCCACGUCACCACCAAUCUCUGAAGAAGCCCUUAUGUGUCGUUCUGACAGUUUCAGUGAUCAGCAUGCUUCUGAUAUGUACUCACCUCUUCCCACGAUAUGGCAAGAACUCUUCCUGUCAUGGUCUCUAUAGUUCUAGAGGCUGCGACAGUGCUCUCUCAGCGUUGCUACCGGCUCAUAUCAGGAAACUCACUAUUAAGGAGAUAGCAGCUCGAGCAGUGGUCAGAGACAUACUUAGAACGCCUUCCUCCCUAACCCAAAACUCCAAAAUAGCUUUCUUGUUCUUGACUCAUGGUACUUUGCCAUUUGAGAAGCUCUGGGAUGAGUUCUUCAAGGGUCAUGAAGGAAAGUUCUCUAUUUACAUCCACACGUCGAAAGAAGGUACAGUUCACAUCAGCCGUCAUUUUUAUGAUCGUGAAAUCCAUAGUGAUGAGGCUACUUGGGGAAGGACUUCAAUGGUUGAUGCUGAGAAGAGGUUACUAGUUAGUGCUCUUGAAGAUCCUGACAACCAACACUUUGUUCUUCUUUCUGAGAGUUGUAUACCAUUGCAUACUUUUGACUACACGUAUAGAUACUUGCUAAACUCCAACGUCAGCUUCAUUGAGAGUUUUGUGGAUCCUGGUCCGCAUGGGACUGGGAGACACAUGGAACACAUGUUACCUGAAGUUACCAAGGAAGAUUUUAGAAAGGGUGCUCAGUGGUUCACAAUGAAGCGACAACACGCCGUUAUAAUGAUGGCUGAUAGUCUAUACUACUCAAAAUUUCGCAAGUAUUGUGGACUAAGUAAGUCUGCGAUAGGGGGUGACAAGAACUGUACUGCAGAUGAACAUUACAUGCCAACAUUCUUUAGUAAAAUGGAUCCCAUGGGGAUCUCGAACUGGUCAGUGACGUAUGUUGAUUGGUCUAAACGAAGGAGGCAUCCAAAGACUUUCAGAGCACAUGAGAUUUCAUUAGAGUUUUUGAAAAGUGUGUCGCAUGGAGAUGAGCUGCAUUGGCCUUGUACAUGGAACGGGAUUACACGACCUUGUUAUCUGUUUGCGAGGAAGUUUCAUCCGGAUGGUCUCGACACAUUGGUCAGCCUCUUCCCAAACUACACAAGCACAGUUGUCUGA